GGCCCCUGAGGACCUCUGUGAGGAGCUGUGAUAAGGGACGAGGAGGCCCUUAUCUGAAACCUCUGCUAAGGUUUCAGUCUGUGACUACCGCUUGCCACUGUCAACAUGAAGGCACUGAGCAGAGGGGCAGGUCACAAAGUCACCAUGUCAACCUCCCUGUCCAUCAUAACCCCAGGGCAUUGGGGGAAGGAUUAUACAGGCAAUGAGAGGCAGGGGGCCCUAGAGCAGCUACAUCUGUGUUCUGAGUUCACCCAGUAGAGAGCAUCGGUGAGCAUCGGUGAGAGGACACAAGGGCUCUUUGCCCUAAGUGCAGGCGGAGGCCGCAGAGAAGGAAGUCAGGUGGCUAGAACUCAGCCUGCAGAGACCCUGGCCCGAAGUCCCCCUGUGUAUCAGCCUUACAGGAUCAGCCAAGAGAAUGCAAGAGCAUAGUCCCCGGGUGUCCCAUUCGGUGCACCUGCUGCUUCUAUUGUCCAUGGUACCUGCUGUAGUCCACAGUUUCCUGUACCCUCAAUCUGACCAAAGCUCCUAUCGGAAGGACUCUGACAUCUCCGGUGUUUAUGAAGACUGGAUGGCGAGGAAGACUAUGGAGGAAAUGGAGGAGGAGGUUCUGCAGUACUGUGAUGGUGACUUUGACGUCUACUUCAUCUUUGACAAGUCCAAGGCCGUGAAGGAGUGGGCUGACUUGUUCACAGCCUGGGAAGACAUGGUGGAGAAAUACUUGAACCCCAAACUGCGGAUGUCCUUCAUUCUCUUUGAUACCGUAGCCACAGUCAAUAUGCCACUCACCGCAGACAGGCAUGAGAUCCGCAAUGAGCUCACCCGAGUGGAGACUCUUCAGAUCCACGGACCAACAAUGGUGAACAAAGCACUGGAAAAGGCGAAUGAACAGAUUGAAAAGGCCAACUCGGGAGCCACUAAGAGAACAAGUCUGAUCAUCACUGUGAUCUGGGGUAUGACGUCAUUAAGAGUGUGGCAGGCGUUCAAGAGGGAGGCUGAUAAAGCUCGGAGCAUGGGGGCAUAUGUUUACUGUGUUGGCAUGGACUUCUAUGACAGAAAUAAGCUGGAGGAAAUUGCAGACAGCAAAGAAACGGUGUUCGUUGUAGAAGGCCCAUCUAAGCUGUUCCAUGAGUUAGUAGACCAUAUUGGAACACUGACCUGCCUUGAACUCAGAUACGUUGAGCCCCCCGUUCUUUGCAUAGAAGAAAAUAGCCCAGUCAUCUUAAGAGGAUAUGGCUUUCAUAAUGCAAAGAGCCUCAACCAAAUCAUCUGCAGAUUCAAGUUCAGUGACUCCAAGGUCAUCAAUAAAAAUCCAAUUGAUAAGAACUUCACUGUCAUUAUUUGCCCUAGACCAGAGAUAGAGGAGCCUGGAGAGACCAUCCAAGUCGAAGUUAGCCUGAACAAUGGGAGAGACUUCCUUGCCCACAGCAUCAGUGUGAAUACAUCCUACUGUAGACCCCCACCAACGAGCACUACUGUCAUUCCUAAGACUUCUACCCUACCCCCAACGACGACUCCAGAAACUUCACCAACAACCUCCACCCCAGAAACUACUAUCCCAACAACUACUCCUGCCCCCACUACCACACCCCCUCCUCCCCCUCCUCCCCCUCCUCCCCCUCCUCCCCCGCCUCGUCCUCCCCCUCCUCCUCCCCCUCCUCCUCCCCCUCCACCAGCACCUUCUCUGCCUCCAUCCCCUCCUCCUCCUCCUCCACCACCUCCUCCCCCACCACCACCACCUCCCCCUCCAACUCUUCGUCCAACAUCCCCUGUGCCUCCACCGCUGGCCCCUGUCCCGCCACCAGCUGAGCCAAGCAAGGAAGUUUUGCUCAGCACUGUGGUGCUGCUGCUGCUGCUGCUUCCCGUGUUGCUGUGGUGGAUCUGGUGGCUGUGCUGCAGACGGCCUCCCAAGGCACUGCCGGCACCUGCACCACAGCCGAAGCCCAGAGAGAAGAAGCAGCGCCCCUCUCCAGUGUCCCAGCCAGCACCUGCACCACCACCGCCACCAGUGAGCCUGCCCCCUACUGUGAUCAUCUGCUGCUGUGCCUGCUGCCACGUGUGUGUGAGCAGAGGCACAGAGGGCACUGUGACCGUGUGCAACUUCAACCCCCUAAGCUGCCACCAGUUGCCACAGAUGUGGUCUCAGCCUAAUCACCUGGGGCAGCACAUCAACCUUGACCUCCUGAAGGCCCUCUGUUCUCAUGCUUCCUGCACCUCGAAGGCCAGCUCACCCCCGAGCCGGGAGUGUCUGCCCCUGACCUGUCCUCAGUGCCAUCAUCUCCUGGACCACUGUUCCCAGCCACUUCCUUUGCUCCCCGCCCCUACCCAGGUGUCUUCCAGAGCCUCAGUGUCACUCCCUCCCAUGUAGCAGACCUCUCAGACAGCCCAGAGCCAAAACUGAGAGGGCUUUGCUUCUAAUCUGGACCUAUGCAUUUGAUCUUGAAUUUUAAUUUUAAAUAAAAAUGGAAUUUGCUGCUUA